AUGUGCUAUCCCAACUACACUGCCGCCGCCGCUGCCAUGCGAAAGCAGGAAGCUUCUGUAGCUACCACUGGGCCGGAUCCCAGCACGGGUAAGUCCCACGUAGAAGUUCUUCCAGGCGUGAAACUAACAGCGGACCAGAUUAGGCAGAUUGUGGAGGAUGCGUACACCAUCAACCACGUUCCCGAGCCCACGAUGACGCUGGACGACAUUGUGGAUAUCCAACUUGACGCCGUGGACUGCCCGUCUGUCGCAUCCCUAGAGACAGGUAUCGAACUUGACGCCGUCGACUGCCCAUCUAUCCCACUCCUGGAGGCAGACACGUCAUCUAACUCGGAAACUGUGGAUGACUUUCCCAACUACGAGUCCAUCUCCUCUCUAGACUCACACAGCUCCCCCGUCCCAUGGCGUAAACAAGUCCUCUCCGAAGGCGAAGACGCCUGGAUCGAGCGCACCAGCUCGGAGGAAAUAAUCUCCUAUCCCUCCCAAGACGCCAGCGGCCAAACUACCGAAUGGAACAUCGCCCGCACGAAAGACCUCGACAGCCUCGACCUCACGCCCUGCUUCGUCCUAGACUGCGUCUUCGACGCGCGCCAUCUCGCGCAAGACCUUCUGCGCUGCGGGCGCGAGGAGGCAGAGCCCGACUACGCGAGCUACGUGUUUAAGCAGCUCCUGCGCGCGCUGCUCGGUGUCGAGGCUGCCAAGCGGUGGAGCGCGCGGGGAAUGAAGUUCCAUCAGGAGAUGGAGCUGCUUGGCCGCGCGGCUGCGGAUCGGGAAAAGGGGCUGCGGCUGUUCGAGCCACUGCGUGUGUUUCUAGAAGGCUGGCGUGAGUGGUUUGGCCAGGCUGUUGCGCGGACGAUAGCUGGGCGGGGGGUUGACCUGUCUGGGCAGAGCGCAUUGUGGCCGCGGCCGGAGGAGCUGCAGCGAGCUUGUGAGCAGUAUGCGCAGGCGCGGUAUGAGGAGCUGUGGAUGCUGCUGCGGUGCAAGGGCGUUGAGAAAAGUGAGUAUGAGCGGAGGGUGAGGAGGGCAAGGAGGGCUGUAAGUGAGAGAUGCGAGGAGGCUGGACAGGCUUUCGAUGUCAACGAUAUCCUCUUUUAG